AUGGCUGCUGAGAUGACAUCAACAGAUCCGGUGCAGUGUCCCGUUUGUUUUAAAGACUUCCAACCGGCCACAAUUAACGGACACCUCGACGUGUGUCUGUUGAAAAGCGUCUCCGACAGCAGUCCGCCGGCAACGCACGAAAACGAGCCUCCGUCAAAGAAAUCUCGCGUUAGUGCGGAGACUGAACCUCCCGGCCCCGGUGUCAACCACCCCGCGGCCGGCUCCUCCUCUGCGGCUGCGCCGCCUUCAUCUUCCAUGUUUUCUCUUUUUCAGGCAAAUAAGAGUAAAACUUCAGUUCAAAGUGAGCGAAAUGUGUCAUUUCCGAGUAAACAAUCUGCUGUCAACAAGGGAGUUAAACGGAACUUGCCGGGUGAGGCAGAAGCAGGAGCAGCAGAGGGUUCAGAGAGGAGCCAGCCGUCUGCAGAUAAACACACGAUGAGGACAGCAGAUUUAUCACCGCGGACACUUCUUACUACAAACAAGCCUCUGGCUGAGGUACUGAGACCAAACACGCUGCAGGAAUACUUCGGUCAAAAUAAAGUUGUGGGCCAGCAAACACUCAUCCGGUCACUUCUGGACUCCCAGGAAAUACCGUCUCUGAUCCUCUGGGGACCACCGGGAUGCGGAAAGACCACUCUGGCUCACAUAAUUGCCAGCACCAGUAAAAAGAAGGGAACAGCUCGUUUUGUCACUCUGUCCGCCACCAGCGCGUCCACCAAUGACGUACGAGAGGUGAUCAAGCAGGCGCAGAACGAGCUCCGACUGUGCAAGAGGAAGACCAUUUUGUUCAUUGAUGAGAUUCACCGCUUCAACAAAUCCCAACAGGACACCUUCCUUCCUCACGUGGAGUGUGGGACGGUGACUCUGAUCGGGGCAACCACAGAAAACCCGUCCUUCCAGGUGAAUGCUGCCCUGCUGAGCAGGUGCAGGGUGCUGGUUCUGGAGAAGCUCUCUGUGGAGGCGAUGGGCUCAAUCCUGGACAGAGCUGUCUCUACGCUGGGGAUCAGAGUCCUGGGAGAAGAUUCGGCAACUUCUAAAGAUCCAGACCAAUCAGACGGACAUGAGCCAAAGAUUUUCAUUGAACAAAAAGCCCUGGACACAAUCGCCUACCUGUGUGAUGGUGACGCGAGAACAGGACUGAACAGUCUGCAGUUGGCUGUUCAGGCUCAGGUGAGCUCGGCCUGGUCAUCAGGACAAGAGGUUUCUCAGGAGAUACUGGUGAAGGAGGAACACAUCAAGGAAGGUCUUCAGAGGUCUCAUAUUCUCUAUGAUAAAGCCGGUGAAGAGCAUUUCAACUGCAUCUCAGCGUUACAUAAGUCGAUGAGAGGCUCGGAUGAGAAUGCGUCUCUCUACUGGCUGGGCCGCAUGCUGGAGGGUGGCGAGGAUCCUCUCUAUGUGGCUCGCAGAAUGGUCCGCUUUGCCAGCGAGGAUGUGGGUAUGGCAGACCCCUCCGCUCUUCCUCAGGCCGUGUCAGCCUUCCAAGCCUGUCACUUCAUCGGGAUGCCUGAAUGUGAGGUGAUCCUGGCUCAGUGUGCAGUCUAUCUGGCACGAGCAACCAAGUCUGUGGAUAUCUACAAGGCUUACGCUAAUGUAAAAGCCUGUUUGAGGAACCACAAAGGCCCUCUGCCUCCGGUCCCCCUGCACCUUCGCAACGCCCCCACCAGGCUGAUGAAACAACUGGGCUACGCCAAAGGAUACAAAUACAACCCAGCCUUCAGCAACCCUGUAGACCAGAACUACCUGCCUGACGAGCUUCAGGGAAUCAACUUUUUCACCUGGACACCUUCAGACCCAUGAGGACUGACACAUCCUGGUCAAACAGGUUAACAAUCAAGGUUGCUGUAUGAAAACAAUCUUGUCAAAUGUUGGGAUAUAAUCCAAAAAUGCAGCUGCUGAUCCUAAUUAAAAAUUACGCUUAGUUCGUUUACAUGUCUUUUCAGUAAGUGAUCAUUUGCAAAGGUGAAAGAAAAAUUGAAGGAAAGGUGGGUAGGAUUUAGGGGUAUUUAGAGGGGAAGAUUGCAACCAGCUAAAAGUUCUCUCCUAUGCCAAGUGUGAACUCAGUUUCCCUCAGUGGUCAUUGUUCAUGAGGAUUAUUAGUGGGAGCUGAGUUGUCCAUAGAAGUCUCUUACUCUCCAAAAACAAAGGACCAGGGGAUUUAAAUUGAUUUAAACAAUGAAUAAAACAGUUUGAGAUUGAAAUAAUAAUAAUCAGGUUUUUCCAGCGCUGCUCGCCACAAAAGGGGCUGCUAACUACGAUGACGAACGCAAAAAAAAGGCUGUGCAACAUGGCUGACUGUGGAGAUGUAAAAGGUUUAUCUAAGGUAACAAAAACACAACAGUUCUUCUUUUCAGGUAAUUAAACACUGAAAAAAAACAUGCUUAUGAUAUUAUAUACCAUUUCUAGCAAUAUAUCCCCCUAAAUCCUACACAGUGGACCUUUAAUCAGUCAAUCAUCAUAUUUUAUCUAAGUUUUUCUCAAAGUUUGCUUUCGCUUGUUGUUUUUGAAUACAAUAUGAAGGAUACGCUAACCAUUUACAUUUCAUCUACAAAGAUAUAUUCAGAAGAAAAAUCUGUUCAAAUGAAUAACAGUAACAUAUACACUAAAUACCCACAAUCUUUGUUUCUACAUAGUAGAUAUUCAAAUGUUUAAUAUGUU